AUGGCGAUUCUUGACAUGUCUAAGAGAGAACCAUCAUCACCAUCGACACCACAGAGAGCCAAGAAGAGCCUAUUCUCUUUCGUGAAAACCACUUCAUCCCUCUCUUCCUUUUCUAGUCAUAUACCUCCUCAGAAACCUUCGUUGACAUUCUCUCGAUCUAUCAUGGAAGAGAAUAUUGAUAACGCGGACACUAUUAUCAAAAAAUGGGAUCAUAAAGAAUCGUCUAACGAAAAAUUCACUUCACUCUUUCAAGAAGACAGAAAAGAAGCCAAAGAAUACAUUCAAUGUGUCAAAGACUUGAAAAAAGCUAUGCAUUUUUUUGUUACACAACAUUCAACUUGUAACAAACUUGUACUUGCACAAAACUUGAUGCAAAAGGCUAUGAAAAGACUAGAAAAUGAAUUUUACCAAAUUUUGUCAACAAAAAAGGAGCAUUUGGAUCCUGAAUCAGUAUCCAAGUCUAGUCAAUCCUCACACAUAUCGAGGUCGAUUUCAGUUGAUUCUUCUGAAUCAACUGACCUCGGAAAUGAGAUUCAGCACACUACUAGUGCUGAAUCCAUUUCCGAGGCUGAACAUCUUUCACUUCUAACAAUGUCUGAUCUCAAAAUGAUCGCGGAUUGUAUGAUUGACUCUGGCUAUGCAAAAGAGUGUUGGAAGAUCUACAGGAUCAUCAGGAAAUCUAUCGUCGAUGAAGGACUCUAUCGUCUUGGAAUUGAAUCGCGUAGCUCAGCUUAUGUUAACGCGAUGAAACCAAAUGUUCUCGAACAUCAAGUCAAGCAUUGGAUUGAUUCAACUAAAAUCGCGGUGAAAACACUCUUCUAUGGAGAGAGGUUUCUUUGUGAUCAUGUUUUUUCAACCUCGAAAACGAUCAAUGAAACAUGUUUUAGUGAUAUAGCCAAAGAAGGAGGAAUCGUUUUGCUUAAAUUUCCUGAGGUCGUUGCAAAGACGAAGAAAUCACAUGAAAAGAUUUUUCUUUUAAUGGAUUUACACGAAACAAUAGCUGAACUAUUGCCAGAGAUCGAAUCAAUCUUCUCGUUUGAUUCGAUCUCAUCUGUCAAAGUUCAAGCUGUUUCGUCAUUAAAUAAACUUAAGAUCUCUGUUCUAAAUAUCAUCUCUGAUUUCGAGCUGUCAAUACAGAGGAAUUCCUUGAAAACACCAGUUCCUGGUGGGGGAAUUCAUCCGUUAACCAACUCUGUUGCGGAAUACUUAGCUUCGUUAGCAAGCUACAAUGGAGUCCUCUCAUAUAUCAUUUCUGACUCUACAUCAACAACGGAAUUUUCUGAAACUUAUUUCGACAGUGCAUUGAUAAGUGAAACGCCCAAAAAUUCAUCAGUCUGUGCUAAAUUGGCUUGGAUUGUACUCGUCCUGCUUUGCAAACUCGAUUGCAAAGCAGAGUUGUACAAUAACAUCGCGUUAUCCUAUCUCUUCUUAGCUAACAAUAUCCAAUUCAUUAUCGAGAGGGUACGUGGAAGUGCCCUCAGGAUCAUAUUGGGAGACGAAUGGAUAUUGAACUUGGAGAGAAAGGUAAAGUUGUAUUCAACAAAAUACGAAAAUGUAGCUUGGAAUAAGGUGUUUAUGUGUUUGCCUCAGAGUUUAGAUCCCUCGAUUUCCUCUGAUAUGAUUAAGGAACACUUCAAACGAUUCAAUGAAUCGUUUGAAGAAACGUAUCAGAGACAGAAAUCUUGGGUUGUACCUGAUAGGACUCUACGAGACGAGAUCAAAGUAUCGAUUGCAAGAAAAUUGGUGCCUUUUUAUAGGGAUUUUUAUGAGUACUAUAUGGUAGUAUUGAGUGGGGAAAAAGAUUUGGAGGUGUUGGUAAGAUUUUCACCUGAUAAUAUUGGGAAUUGUUUGUCUGAUUUAUUUCAUGAAAAUGUUAGGUCAAGGAGUUUAAUAUUGUCAUCAUCAACAUCAUUGCCAAAUUCAUGUGUUUGGCAAUGUAUUUCUUAA